GAUUUGUUUCGCUCUUGGGAAGAAAAGGAGAUAGAUAAUUAAGAGAUCAAGAAAGCGAUGAAAGACCAGACUGACAAAGAAGCUUCGACGAGAGGGAAUGGAGAGAAAGCAAAAGGAGAGGAGCAGCAGAAGGUUCCCUUCUACAAGCUCUUCUCUUUUGCAGAUAAACAAGAUGUGGCGCUGAUGACUGUUGGCACAACAUGCGCCAUUGUAAAUGGGCUGUCCAUGCCGCUCAUGACUCUCGUCUUUGGUCAGCUCAUCAACUCCUUUGGCUCUUCAGAUCGUUCACACGUUGUGGCCGCAGUGUCUAAGGUAUCUCUGAAAAUCAUAUACUUGGCUUUUGGUACAGGUCUCGCCGCGUUCUUACGUAAGUGUACCUACUACUUGUUGUCCACUUCAGAGGUGUCUAGCUGGAUGGUGACCGGAGAGAGACAGGCAGCUCGCAUUCGAGGUCUAUACCUAAAAACUAUUUUGAGACAAGAUAUUACAUUUUUUGACACGGAAACAACAACUGGAGAAGUCAUUGGAAGGAUGUCCGGGGACACCAUUCUCAUUCAAGAUGCUAUGGGUGAAAAGGUUGGAAAGUUCAUCCAACUUCUUUCUACCUUUUUUGGGGGCUUUGCAAUUGCAUUUUCAACAGGUUGGCUUCUUUCAAUGGUCAUGUUGACAUGCCUUCCUCUCCUUGUGGUCUCCGGUGGUGUAAUGUCAGUAGUCAUUUCAAAAAUGUCGAGCCGCGGACAGAUCGCCUAUGCUGAAGCUGGAAAUAUUGUAGAGCAGACAGUAGGAGCCAUUAGAACGGUUGCAUCCUUCACUGGGGAGAAACAAGCCAUAAACAAAUAUAGUGCAGCAAUACACAAGGCAUAUGCUUCCUCCAUCCAGCAGGGCUUUGCAUCAGGUGUGGGACUUGGAACAGUUUUAGUAAUCAUAUUCAGCAGCUAUGGACUAGCCAUAUGGUAUGGAUCCAAGCUGAUCAUUGAGAAAGGCUACAAUGGCGGAGUAGUCAUCAACAUUAUAUUUUCUCUCAUGACUGGUGGAAUGUCGCUGGGCGAGGCAUCCCCAUGCUUGAAUGCUUUUGCAGCAGGACAAGCUGCAGCAUAUAAGAUGUUUGAAACAAUCAAAAGAAAACCACUGAUUGAUGCAUAUGACAAGAGUGGCAUUGUGUUAGGGGACAUCAAGGGUGACAUAGAACUAAAAGAUAUUUACUUCAGCUACCCAGCAAGACCCAAUGUUCAGAUAUUUUCUGGCUUCUCAUUGCAAAUUCCGCGUGGCACCACUGUGGCUCUAGUUGGACAAAGCGGAAGUGGGAAAUCAACAGUGAUCAGCCUGGUGGAGAGAUUCUAUGAUCCCCAUGCCGGUGAAGUACUUAUUGAUGGUGUCAACUUGAAGGAGCUGCAGCUAAGAUGGAUAAGGGGGAAGAUUGGACUUGUCAGCCAAGAACCCAUCUUGUUUGCAACUACAAUCAGAGAGAAUAUUGCAUAUGGAAAGGAAAAUGCAACAAAUGAGGAGAUUAGAUUGGCAAUUGAGCUUGCCAAUGCUGCAAAGUUCAUUCACAAGCUUCCUCAGGGGCUUGAUACAAUGGUAGGAGAGCAUGGAACACAAUUGUCUGGUGGACAGAAGCAGAGGAUUGCAAUUUCAAGGGCCAUUCUCAAGAGUCCUAAGAUUCUACUUCUUGAUGAAGCAACAAGUGCAUUGGAUGCAGAGUCUGAGCGCAUAGUUCAAGAGGCCCUAGUAAGAAUCAUGUCAAACCGGACGACUGUGGUUGUUGCUCAUCGUUUGACCACCAUUAGGAAUGCAGAUAUCAUAGCUGUGGUACAUCAAGGGAAAAUUCUAGAGCAAGGUACUCACUCAGAGUUGACUAAGGAUCCUGAUGGGGCUUACUCACAGCUCAUUCGUCUACAAGAGGGUACUCAACAAACUGAAGUUUCACCACAUAAACCAGACCAGAGCCUUGAUUCUAUAAUGAGCAGAUCUCACAGCCAGAGAUUAUCCAUGAGGCAAUCCAUAAGCAGAGCUUCUUCUAGUGGUAGGCACUCCUCACUUACAUUUGGUAUUCCAGGUCCCAUAGAUCUUCAUGAGACUGAAAUAGAAGAGGAGGAGACUAUUGACCAAAAGGAGAAAGAAGAUGCACAUCGCAAGGUCUCCAUCAAGCGCCUAGCCUACCUAAAUAUGCCAGAGGUGCCAGUUUUGCUUCUAGGGUCCAUUGCUGCAGCUAUACAUGGUGUAAUCUUUCCUGUCUUUGGGCUCCUGCUCUCAACAGCCAUCAAAAUAUUCUAUGAACCUCCUCACGAGCUUCGAAAAGAUUCCAGGUUUUGGGACUUGAUGUUUGUAGUUCUAGGUGUCAUUUCUUUGGUUUCUGUACCAGUUCAACAGUAUUUCUUUGGAGUUGCUGGCAGUAAGUUGAUCCAACGUAUCCGAUCCAUGACAUUUGAGAAGGUGGUACACAAAGAAAUAAGUUGGUUUGAUGAAGCUGCAAAUUCAAGUGGGGCAGUUGGUGCAAGGUUAUCUAUCGAUGCCUCAAAUGUGCGGAGUCUUGUAGGUGAUGCCUUGGCCUUAAUGGUUCAGAACAUAGCAACACUAACAGCAGGGAUUAUAAUAGCAUUUUCAGCUAAUUGGCGAUUGGCACUUAUAGUCUUAGUUCUGCUACCAUUGGUGGGUUUACAAGGAUAUGCUCAGAUGAAAUUUGUGAAGGGAUUCAGUGCAGAUGCUAAGGUAAUGUAUGAAGAAGCUAGUCAAGUUGCAAAUGAUGCAGUGAGUAGUAUUCGAACAGUUGUCUCAUUUUGUGCAGAACAAAAGGUGAUGGAUUUGUACCAGAAAAAAUGUGAGGCACCCAUAAAACAAGGAGUCCGCUUAGGACUAGUAAGUGGUGGAGGCUUUGGCUUCUCUUUCAUUGCACUUUAUUGCACCAAUGCUGCCUGUUUCUAUUUUGGAUCACUUCUGGUACAACAUGGCCUAGCAACAUUUGGACAAGUUUUUAAGGUUUUCUUUGCCUUGACAAUAUCAGCAGUGGGAAUUUCACAAACUAGUGCAAUGGCUCCAGACUCCAACAAGGCUAAGGAUUCAGCUGCUUCUAUUUUUGAGAUUCUUGACAGCAAAUCAAAGAUUGAUUCAAGCAGUGAAGAAGGUGUUACCCUAGCCAGUGUCAAAGGUGAUAUUGAUUUCAAACACGUCAGCUUCAGAUAUGCAACACGCCUAAACGUGCAGAUAUUCAGAGACUUGUGCUUGAGCAUCCCUUCUGGGAAGACUGCUGCCCUGGUUGGAGAGAGUGGUAGUGGAAAAUCAACUAUUAUCAGCUUGCUAGAAAGGUUUUAUGAUCCUGAUUCAGGCCAUGUAUUGUUAGAUGGAGUUGAAAUUCAGAAGUUUAGGUUAAGUUGGUUGAGGCAACAAAUGGGAUUGGUAAGCCAAGAGCCCAUAUUGUUCAAUGAGACUAUUCGUGACAAUAUUGCUUAUGGAAAGCAGGGUGGUGCAUCAGAAGAUGAGAUUAUUGCAGCUGCAAACGCAGCUAAUGCUCACAGCUUCAUAGCAGGAUUACCAGAAGGAUAUGAUACCUCAGUUGGGGAAAGGGGGGUACAAUUGUCUGGUGGCCAGAAACAACGGAUAGCCAUAGCAAGAGCAAUACUGAAGGACCCAAAGAUCCUUCUGCUUGACGAGGCCACAAGUGCGUUGGAUGCAGAAUCAGAGCGUGUAGUACAAGAUGCAUUAGAUAGAGUAAUGGUGAAUAGAACAACUGUUGUUGUUGCUCAUCGCCUCUCUACGAUCAGAGGGGCUGAUAUAAUUGCAGUAGUGAAGAAUGGUGCCAUUGCUGAGAAGGGAAAACAUGAUGAACUGAUGAAGAUAUCUGAUGGUGCCUACGCUUCUCUAGUAGCACUCCACAUGAACUCUACAUAAGCAAAAUAGGAAACAACUGUGUAGUAUUUUCACACAUUAAACAUCUUACCGUGAUCAAUAGGGCUACUUUUCUUUUCUUUUCUGUUUCUUCCUUUUUGAUCAAUGGACAGUGAGCAAAAAGGCUUUCCAACUGUUGAUGCUAAAACUUAAAAAGAAAGUAGAGGAAAUCAAUAUUGAUUAUUUGAUUAUGAUAUACUGUUGUCAUCCUUGUAUCUCUUUUAAGAUCCUAAAUAAGGUAAAAUUAUUGAUAGAGAAGAGCAAUGCUCCCUAGAGAAUCUUCCUCAUGGCAGUCUCAAUCACAACAGAAAAAUAAAGUGGAAUAGCAAUCAAACUCCAAGGGUUCAGAGGGAAUACCUGCACUUUUCAUUCAUUCCCUUCAACUGGAAUGCUUAUUAGAGGAUUUUUCUUGUUAUAGAAACUUUUAACCCUUUAAACACAUGCACAUUUCUGUGACUUUUCUGCUGUUACACCCUUUGCAUCAGAAUUAUUACCAUCUAUAUUUUCUCAUCAUUGUGUGCAGCAUUAGCUGUUAUUUCCUUCAGUGGUUGGUAUACUGACCGUUGGCACCAUUGUUAGUGUUUUCAAUUUGUAGUUUUCCCCAUGAUGGUGCUCAGCUAACCUGCAGACAGUUUCUCAUGGCCAUGUUUGGUGAGUGUCUGCAAUAUGAUGGCUUGUUUUACAAAACAAUUCUAUGACGUUGACCAUCUGAAGCCGUACCAAAUUACAAAUGCAAUCACCAUUUGGAUGAGACUCCUUUACCAUCACAUUUUAAAACACUUGCUCACUUAAACAGAUCUGACCAAGAAAGUCCCUCCAAAUCAGUAGUUGAAUCAAAAUCUGAGUUAUUUAAUUUAAAUAUUUAUAGCAUUGGACCCAAGUUACCUAAGCAUGGAGAAAGAACUAGAAUGUGAACAGGAGUUGGGUAAGCGUGAAAUGUUCCAUAGUAAUGUCUUAGGAGAAUUAUACGUAUAUAUACAGAGGGAGUAGGGGUGGAUUCGAGCCAAAUAGUAUGAGGCUUGAGCUCGGUUCGAGCUAGAACCUUG